AUGCACGUGACAUCCGCCGCUGGUAUAGUAAGGUUUAAUAAAUUGGUCCUCGGCCAGCGUCACUUGAUCAGGAGACUUUAUUUCAGUCCUAUCUCCCAAUCUCUCACAGACUCGUCACAACACAAUCACAUCAAUAAUAUCGGUCAGAACAUAAAAAGAACCUUCUCAGUCAAAGCUCAACAACUCAAUGAUUCCAUCGCUCGAUCAUCUCUCGCGUCUCCGCUAAUCGUGAUAACCAUCUGCGUCCUGGCGGAAUCAGGAGGCGUAGGACAGAUGUCGCUGCUAAGGGUCCUGAUUGGGAUCCCUUACUGUAUUUUGGCUUGGUUAGACGAGCCAGUUCCCGAACUUCAAGUCUUCACGCUUCAGAAGUUGAAUGAAGUUGUGGAUGAGUUUUGGGCCGAAAUCUCGGAGCACAUCGAGAAAAUUGAGGUGCCAUAUGAAGACAAGAAUUUCAGCCAUAGAAAUCUUGCCGCGCUCGUAGCGAGCAAAGUUUUCUAUCAUCUUGGUUCGUACCAAGAUUCAUUGUACUUCGCCUUGGGAGCUGCAGGUCUAUUCGACGUUAAUAGUUCAUCUCAGUACGUCACCACCAUCGUUGCAAAAUGCAUCGAUCAUUACACAAAGCUCCGACUUGUGAAAAUCGCGAAGGAGAAGAAAGCCCUUGGGAAAGCUUUCGACGACGGAAAUUUUGUAAUAACUGGACAUCCCGAGCUAAUCCCGUCGGAAUCCGUGAUGCUCACCUUGAGCGGCCUGGACGGGGGAAGGAAGAUGGAUGCAAUUUCUCGUCCAAUGAAUCCCAAUGAACCCGUCGAUCCUAGACUUGAACAAAUCGUCGACCGCAUGUUCCAACGAUGCUUCGACCACGGUCAAUUCAAACAAGCUUUGGGUAUUGCUCUUGAAACUCGCCGCAUGGAUGUCUUCGAAAAAUCGAUCCUGUCGUCUGACGAUGUUCUCGGAAUGUUGAGCUACGCUUUCAAAGAGACACGAGACGAGGAAGUUGAUGCCACAAUUGCAGACAACGUGGGCGCAGAUAUUGUGGAACUUGUGCAAUAUUUCGACGCCAGGAAAUCCUCGGAUGAGGACAAACGGGCCGAGAUGCGUUUAGCUUUCGAAUUGUUGACGCAUCUUACGGAUCGGACCGACACUGCCGUCGUGCUGUGGAUGACGUUUGGGAGAAUGAUUGGCUGGCUUUGUCCGCCGAGAGAUAAAUUCGUCGCUGUCCGAAGUCUAAAGGCGUCCACUGCCGUUGUUAUCCAG